ACAAUGAAAAAACUCCAUUGUUUUAGGACUCCAAAUCUCUCCUUCUCUCUCUGUCUCCCUGUCUCUCUGUUUCUCUCUCUCUCUCUCCUCAAAAUCCACCAUUUAAGCCGAUUCUUUCUUAGCCAUGAAUUUAGCUUUGCUUUUCCCCAACAAGCUACUGAGCUUCCAAAUUACCUUAAUUUAGACAUGCCCUCAAAUUUCCAUGGCCCCUUCCUUUCAACCCUCCUCUUAGAUUUGUCCUUCCCCUUUGUUCUUAAACAAAACUAACAAACAAACCUCCCCUUCCUUCCUCCAUCAAUCUCCUGCUACUCUGCCUCCCUAAAUUUGCCCUCUUUCUGUUAAACUCUUCCCUAUAUGUAUAUAUAUAUAUAUAUAUCUAUAUGUAUAGCAAAGCCUCUUAGCCUUCAUAAACAUUCAUACUUCACUGUUUCAUUGAGAUCCAAUCCUUUCUUUCUUUGUCUAUAUAUAUAUAUAUAUUGUGUGUAUAUAUAUAUAUACACUCUGUUCUUCUGUUGCUUCCUUCCCUUUCCUUUCUUCUCGAGUUCGUCUUCUUUUUCGAAAAUUUUCUGAAGAAGGAAGGAAGGAAGGAAGGAAGAAUGGAGGUUGAUCAUGAAGAUGGAGUUAUGGGGUCCAAAGAACAGGCUUUGAUAGCCAAAGGUAAGAGAACAAAGCGCCCAAGGCUUCAUUCUCCUACCCCUUUUACCAUUUCUUCAAAUGGGGAAGCAGGAUUUGUUGUUCUUGAUCAUGAUCAUGAUCAUGAUUCUAAUGUUGUAGCAGAAAACAAUGAUUUUGUAGCAGAAAACAAUGAUUAUGUUGCGGUUCCGGUUCAUAAUGUUAGUUUUUCUCCUUCGUCGUCAUCGGCUGAAUUGCAGCCGUCUAUCACGACAGAUGAAGAGGAAGAUAUGGCUAAUUGUCUCAUUCUCCUUGCUCAAGGGAGACCCCAGACACCGAAACAUGUCGACAACAACCGGAGUACGGUCGGAGCUGAAAAGGGUGUGGGGAUUGGAUGCUAUGGGUAUGAGUGCAAGACAUGUUAUAGGACAUUCCCUUCAUUUCAAGCUUUGGGAGGACAUAGAGCUAGCCAUAAGAAGUCUAAGGCUAUUGAAGCUGAAAAGAAGGUCUUGUUGUGUUCAGAUGAUGAAGAGAUACAAUUUAAGAACAAUAUGACACAUUCAAUUUCUCUGCAAUUGAAUCAGAAAGGAAGCUUGUGUAGCAAUGGUAAGGGUAAAGUUCAUGAGUGUGCUAUUUGUGGAGCUGAAUUUACUUCUGGGCAGGCCUUGGGUGGUCAUAUGAGACGCCACCGUGCCAUGCCAGUCGCGAUGAACACAGCGUUGUCUCUGACUCCAAUGGCCAUGGAAGGUGAGGAUCAAAGACAACCAAAACGACAAAGAAAUAUGGUUUCUUUGGAUUUGGACCUCAAUCUUCCUGCCCCUCAAGAACAUGAUCAUCAUAGAGAAUCCAAGUUUAUGAUAAAGUCAAACCAAUACCAGCAACAGCAAACACAACAUCAGACACAACAGCAGACACAACAUCAGACACAACAACAACAACAACAGUAUAAGCAACAACAACAACAAAAACAACAACAGCAGCAGCAGCAGCCACUUGUUUUUCCCUCCAGGACUUUGGUUGACUGUCAUUACUAAGGAUGGAUAAGAAUUCUGAACUUUUUCCACCAUUGUUACUGAUAAUCGACUAGACGCGAUUAUGUGAAGUUAUCGUCUUCGUUUUCUGCUCCCUUUUGUUUGGAAACUUUACGUUUCAAUGUCAUCAAAUUCUUUCAUAUCUUAUUUUCCUGUUUUCUUUACAACUUUGAGAAACUUUUCUAAUGGAAUUACUGAAAUUCUUUUCUGAAA